AUGACGCAGUCCUCUAUUUGCAUAAAACUUGAGACAUAUACCGGGUAAUUUGAGGGCCGUCAGAUUAUCGAACAGACAGUCGAGAUAUCAACAUGCCUGAUCCAGCCAAGCCUGCCCCAAAGAAGGGCUCUAAGAAAGCCGUGACAAAGACCGCCGGCAAGGGUGGCAAGAAGCGCAGAAAGAGCAGGAAGGAGAGCUACGCCAUCUACGUGUACAAAGUCUUGAAGCAGGUCCAUCCUGACACCGGUAUCUCUUCCAAGGCUAUGGGCAUUAUGAACUCCUUCGUGAACGACAUCUUUGAGCGCAUUGCUGGAGAGGCUUCCCGCUUGGCUCACUACAACAAGCGCUCCACCAUCUCUUCCAGGGAGAUCCAGACUGCAGUGCGUCUGCUUCUGCCCGGUGAGCUGGCCAAGCACGCCGUGUCCGAGGGAACCAAGGCCGUCACCAAGUAUACCAGCUCCAAGUAAAGCCUGAUUUUGAACGCGCUUUAAUCCAAAGGCUCUUUUAAGAGCCACCCACGUUCUCUUUGAAAAGUAAUUCCAAUAUAAACAGACUACACUGCAUUCAUUUGCAUACAAUGCUUAUCUGAAAUCACUCUUAAAACCAAUUUGAUGAAAACACCACAACUUGCAUUGUUUUUAACACAUCUCUGUCCAGACAGGAACAACGCAUUC